AUGGAGGUGUCGCGCUACCGCCCAGGGCCCCGCGGGGACAGUGCCUUUGAGGAUGAGAGCAUGAAGCUCCGGCAGCUGAAACUGGAUAAUCAGACAGCGCUGCUGGAGAAGAAGCAGAGGAAGAAGCGCCCGGAGCCACUCGUGGCGCAGCCGAACCCGGAAGCCCGGCCACGUGGGUCAAAGCCGAGGGGAAGCGAGGGGCACGCUCCGCUGGUGGAACCUCACGCCCCGCCCAGCGGUGUCAUCCUGCAUGGCAGUGACGGUCCCGCUGCCCUCCUGAAGCCAGAUGCUCAAGACGUGGAAACCAGACUUCACGUUCUCUCAGUAGGAUCUUCUGCCAGGGAGGAGGAUACUGAAGGAAGUGCUGAUGGAGAUAGCACUUGGGACCCCGCUUCCAAGCCAGAUCUUCAGGAGAUUCUCCAGAAACAUGGUAUCUCAGGGAGUUUGAACUUUGAUGAGGAGGAGAGUGAUGGGGAGGAAGGACAAGGGAAAAAACUAAGAUCUCAUUGGUCGUAUUCAGAGGCAGAGAGACCCAGUUCUGCAUCCAGCCAGAAGCCAACCACAGAUACAGGAGCUUCUGGAACUGCAGCCCAGGACACUGAUAACCAGCUGGGAGAAACAGAGAAUUUAGAGGGCUUCGCAUACAGUCCUGCCCCUCGAGGUGUCACAGCGAAGUGUCGGAUAACUCGGGAUAAAAAAGGAAUGGAUCAGGGGCUUUUCCCCACCUACUAUGUGCACUUGGAAAAGGAUGAAAAUCGGAGUAGAAAGCGGAAAAAGAGCAAAACAUCCUACUACCUUAUCUCCACUGAUACAACAGAUUUAUCUUGUGAAGGGGAAAGUUAUAUUGGCAAACUCAGGUCCAACCUGAUGGGGACCAAGUUUACAGUUUAGGACCGUGGCGUCAGCCCGGCCAAGGCCCAGGGUCUGGUAGAAAAGGCCUGCAUGCGGCAGGAGCUGGCCGCCGUCUGCUAUGUGAGUGCCGCCCCCCGUUUCCUCAGCCUCCUGGCGUCCCAGCCCUGGGCUUGCAGACUGCAAAAGCCAUCCCAGGAUGAGUGGGGUAAAACCCAGGACGCUAUGGAAGCCGCCAUGGUCCUGGAGAAGAACCUGAACCAGGCCCUUUUGGAUCUGCGUGCCCUGGGUUCUGCCCGCGCAGACCCCCAGCUCCGCGACUUCCGGGAGAGCCGCUUCCUGGAUGAGCAGGUGAAACUCAUCAAGAAGAUGAGUGACCACAUGACCAACCUCCGCGGGCUGCCUGGUCCCUAG